CAGGGCCCCGUUUCUGACACACACACACACACACACACACACACACACAGACGUCGAGAUUGGAGAUGGUUUGAGUUUUCAGAAGAAAAGCAGGCCGCGGAUCAGAAACACUGCGGAAAAAAAGAUUUCCGCUGUUGUCUCCUGGUUGUCCCCCUCGGUGUUCCUGUGUGUCCCGGAUGUGGACAUGGCUUUGAGGUCAUUAUGGCGUGAGUCAGCGUCAGUUUCACUCGAACACAGAGCAAGUGUGUAAAAGAGCUUCAUCAGUCUGUUUCACAGGAAUUUAGAGACGCUGUGACAAUGCAGAAGAGACGGAGAACGUCUUCAUCAAGCAUCGCUUUGUUCCUCUACUCUGUUCUUCUCUCACUUGUCCUGCCCAGGUGUGUGUCCUGCGCAGGUACAGACAAAACAGACAAAACGGUGGUGAACAAAGAGGAAUAUUUAAGUGCUAUAAUUAAUGCCACCGUGCACGACAGCAAGGGAAACACCAAACGUGUGAUAUCAAAGGAGGACGGCAGGUACGGACAGAACUCGCCCAAAUCGGAGGUGACGGGGUUAAUAAUUACACCUGCUGCUGUCAACGGAGUGGUGGACAUGCAGGGCUGCUGUCCGUACACUCGCUUCAUCAUUCCUCCAAAGACGACACACUGGAUCGCUCUGCUUCAGAGAGGGAAGUGUAUGUUCAAGGAGAAGAUCCUGAAGGCCGCCAACUUCAAUGCCUCCGCUGUGCUCAUCUACAACAACAGCUCCAAAGAGGACACAGUUACCAUGGCUCAUGAAGGCACCGGGGACACGGUGGCGGUGAUGAUUACUGAGUCGUUGGGGAAGGACCUGCUGUCUUUCAUGGAGAAGAAUGAGACGGUGUGGGUUUCGGUGUCGGUCGGUUCUCGGGGUUCAGCGAAGAACCUGAACCGUGGCUCGCUGGUGUUCGUCUCCAUCUCCUUCAUCGUCCUGAUGAUCAUCUCCUCCGCAUGGCUCAUCUUCUACUUCAUCCAGAAGAUCAGAGAUACUAAUGCACGAGAUCGAAGUCAGCGAAGACUCGGAGAUGCUGCGAAGAAAGCCAUCAGUAAACUAACAACCCGGACGGUGAAGCGAGGAGACAAGGAAACAGAACCUGAUUUUAAUCAUUGUGCUGUGUGCAUCGAAGGCUACCAGCUGAACGACGUGGUCCGCAUCUUACCCUGCAAACAUGUUUUCCAUAAGAUGUGUGUGGAUCCAUGGCUGAACGAACACUGCACCUGCCCCAUGUGUAAACUCAACAUCCUCAAAGCUCUGGGCAUCAUGCCCAACCUGCAGUGUGUAGAUAACGUGGGGUUUGACAUGGAGCGGAUGACGCGUACUCACUCCUCCAGCCAGCGGGUGGCGCUGAUGGAUGUGUCGUCUGAGACGAGUGUCAGUGUGGAGCCCCUCACACGCUCCGGCUCAUCUCAGCUGCUGUCCGAUUCAGAGCUCACACACACGCACACACACCGCACUGGGGAGAUUAACAUCGCCGUCACCAAAGAGUGGUUUAUUGUGGGCAGCUUCGCCGUCCUCAGUGUUUUAACGCUAUGCUACAUGAUCAUCAGAGCCACCGGAAACAACUACGACAACACAGUAUCGGACCUGGCGUGAAGGCGCACAUUGGAUUUCCACGUUAAAUUAGUUCAUGUGGGAUUUUCUUCAGAGUGGCGGCUUUUCUGAUUUAUUAAUGAACUUUUACUUCCUGUUUCUGAAGCUGUUUGUUUUUUUGCUUUUGAGAAUUUGUCAUAAAAUUUCAGUCUGUUUAAAACAGUUUAAAACUGUCCCCACAACCUAUAACUACAACCUAUAAACUAUAAAUAAAGCAAUCAAAAUAAAAUAAAGUAAAACCAUCAUCCAAAUAAGAACCAGAGUCACACUAAUGAUCAGACUUUAUUUUAAAUUUAGUAUUUAAAUAAACCAGAAGAUUAUGGAGUAAUUAUUCAGCUUAAAAGGGGUUUGUGCAAAUCUGGCAAAUAAAUGAAAAUAUACAUAAUGUACAGUGUUAUUUAAACCACAGCAGUGUUAUAGGCCCAGUGAGGUGAUGUACACACACACACACACACACACACACACAGUAAAAGUGUUCUGUGUAUUAAAUCUGCUCACACGUGAUGACUGAAAUGGUUUCUGUUGAAGAUAAAUACAACAUUCCGCGUCUCGACUCUUCAGCUCCGAUGCUUCGUGCACUGGAUUAAACACCGUGUCAGUAUUGGGUUAUUAAUAUUAAUUCCCUCUUUAUUAUUUAUUGUAAUUAAUUUCUAGUCAUGAAUGUGUUUAUGUUUAAUAGAGAAGCUGCAGCUCUGAGUGAGAAGCUCAGCCGAGUUUAUUUAAACUGCACUGUUUUCAUUUUUAUAGCAUUUCUUCUUUUGUACUGAUUUAUGUCUGUUCUUUAUUUUUCAGUUUAGAAUAAAUCAACUUUGAAAUCAUUGGAAUAAGUGAUGUUAUAAAACCAGCAGCAAGGAGCAGUAAAGGGCUUCUUAGCUCCUGAACUUCUGUGGCUUUCAGUCUGUUUUUCUGUGAAGUUUUUUUCUGUUUUUCUCUUUAAAUGUAAGCCCUCAAUUAACUUAAUACAUAUAUUUGUUUAUGUCAGGUGAAAUAUAUAUACACACACACACACACACACACACACACACACACACACACACACACACACCUUCAUCUCUCUCUGAGGUGUUUUCUGUUAGACUGAUUUGCACUAUUGAAAUAAAUCGUCUUUAAAACCUCG